CUGACCUCGUGAUCCACCCGUCUCGGCCUCCCAAUCAUGUUAAGUUUUAUAAGAAGACCAAACAGCUGCCAGGCUUAGUAAAAUGCUGUGAAGAGAUCCAGCCACAUCAGUGGAAGCUACCUAUAGACAGAGAAGAACACCAGCUCCCAUUCUGGUUAAAGGCCAGUCUGCCAUCCAUCCAGGAAGAACUGCGGCACAUGGCUGAUGGUGCUAGAGAGGUAGGACAUGUGACUGGAACCACUGAGAUCAACUCAGAUCAAGGCCUAGAAAAAGACAACUCGGAGAGUGAAACUCGGUACCCACUGCUGUUGCCUAAGGGUGUGGUCCUGAAACUGAAGCCAGUUGCCACCCGUUUCCCCAGAAAGGCUUGGAGACAGAAGCGUUCAUCAGUCCUGAAGCCCCUCCUUAUCCAACCCAGCCCGUCUCUCCAGCCUAGCUUCAACCCUGGGAAAACACCAGCCCGAUCAACUCAUUCAGAAGCCCCUCCGAGCAAAAUGGUGCUCCGGAUUCCUCACCUGAUCCAGCCAGCCACUGUUUUACAGACAGUUCCAGGUGUCCCUCCACUGGGGGUCAGUGGAGGUGAGAGUUUUGAGUCUCCUGCAGCACUGCCUGCUAUGCCCCCUGAGGGCAGGACAAGCUUCCCUCUGUCUGAGUCCCAGACUUUGCUCUCUUCUGCCCCUGUGCCCAAGGUAAUGCUGCCCUCUCUUGCCCCUUCUAAGUUUCGGAAGCCAUAUGUGAGACGCAGACCCUCAAAGAGAAGGGGAAUCAAGGCCUCUCCCUGUAUGAAACCUGCCCCUGUUAUCCACCACCCUGCAUCUGUUAUCUUCACUGUUCCUGCUACCACUGUGAAGAUUGUGAGCCUUGGCAGUGGCUGUAACAUGAUCCAGCCUGUCAAUGCGGCUGUGGCCCAGAGUCCCCAGACUAUUCCCAUUACCACCCUCUUGGUUAACCCUACUUCCUUCCCCUGUCAAUUGAACCAGCCCCUUGUGGCCUCCUCUGUCUCACCCUUAAUUGUUUCUGGCAAUUCUGUGAAUCUUCCUAUACCAUCCACCCCUGAAGAUAAGGCCCACGUGAAUGUGGACAUUGCUUGUGCUGUGGCUAAUGGGGAAAAUGCCUUUCAGGGCCUAGAACCCAAAUUAGAGCCCCAGGAACUAUCUCCUCUCUCUGCUACUGUUUUCCCCAAAGUGGAACAUAGCCCAGGGCCUCCAUCAGCAGAUACAGAGUGCCAAGAAGGAUUGUCAGAGAACAGUGCCUGUCGCUGGACUGUUGUGAAAACAGAGGAGGGAAGACAAGCUCUGGAGCCGCUGCCUCAGGGCAUCCAGGAGUCUCUAAACAACUCUUCCCCUGGGGAUUUAGAGGAAGUUGUCAAGGUGGAACCUGAAGAUGCUAGAGAGGAAAUCAGUGGAUCCCCUGAGCGUGACAUUUGUGAUGACAUCAAAGAGGAACAUGCUGUGGAAUUGGACACUGGCAUCGCAAGCGAGGAGUUGAACAGUGCCAGAGAGGUAAAGAAACAGACAGUCUUACAGAAGGAAGAGGAGAGGAGUCAGCCAGCUAAAACCCCUUCAUCUUCUCAAGAGCACCCUGAUGAAGGAACCUCAGGGACAGAUGUGAACAAAGGAUCAUCAAAGAAUGCUUUGUCCUCGAUGGAUCCUGAAGUGAGGCUUAGUAGCCCCCCAGGGAAGCCAGAAGACUCACCCAGUGUUGAUGGUCAGUCAACGGAGACUCCAAUUGGGCCAGAAACUGGAGGAGAGAAGAACGGGCCGGAAGAAGAGGAAGAAGAGGACUUUGAUGACCUCACCCAAGAUGAGGAAGAUGAAAUGUCAUCAGCUUCUGAGGAAUCUGUGCUUUCUGUCCCAGAACUCCAGGAAACAAUGGAGAAACUGACUUGGCUGGCAUCUGAAAGGCACAUGAGUCAGCAGGGUGAGUCUGAAGAAUAGAAUUCUCAGGAGGAGAACUCUGAGCCAGAAGAGGAGGAAGAAGAAGCAGAAGGAAUGGAAAGCCUGCAGAAAGAGGAUGAAACGAUGGAUGAAGCAGUUGGAGACUCAGCUGAGAAGCCUCCUUCUACUUUUGCCUCAUCUGAGACUGCUCCAGAAGUGGAAACCAGCAGAACUCCACCAGUGCAUGUGGUGGAACGGGAAGAUCAGGUGUUGCAGGGACGCAGAAACAAUGUUUUUCAUGUGUGCUACAAGGAGAGAGCAUCAAAGCUGCUGGAAAAAGCUGAAACAAUCAUAGAGCUUGCAACAAGUGGGGAAGUUGGGUUUGAGGAGCAGCAGGCUUUUGAGAAGAGCCGCAAGUUCCUUCGGCAGCUGGAGAUUUGCUUUGCAGAGAACCCCUCACACCACCAGAAGAUUAAUAAGGUCCUCCAGGGCUGUGCAGACUGCCUCGCAGGAGAUCACCGAGGUAUUCUUUCCGUCCUGCUUUCUUCCUGUUGUCUUCUGGGCCUUAGGCCUUUCCCUUGUCUCUUUCCCCAACCUACUCCAUACCUUUUUGCCUCUGGAGUGUCAUGGGCUUCCUGGAGGAGAUUGCCAGUGGGGGGCACUUUGCCGUCCCCUCGAGAAGUGACUCUUACAGAACGGCUCCUCCUGGAUGGCCCACCACCUCAUUCACCAGAGACUCCUCAAUUUCCCCCCAAAACUGGAGCUGUACUGUACACUGUUAAGAAAAACCAGGUUGGGCCUGAGGUUCUCUCCUGCCCCAAGGCAUCCCCCAGACUUCAGAAAGAGAGGGAGGGCCAAAAGGCAGUGGGUGAGUCAGAGGCUUUGAUGCUGGUCUGGGAUGCAUCAGAAACUGAGCAAUUGCCUGGUACCGUGGAACCCCAUGCUUCCUUCCUGAGUCCUGUUUCCUCAAAGACCAGAGAUGCAGGGAGAAGACAUGUGUCCGGGAAACCAGACACUCAAGAGAGAUGGCUGCCCUCAAGCAGAGGUAGGGUGAAGACAAGAGACAGGACAUCCCCUGUCCAUGAAUCUCCAUCAGGAACUGACACGUCAGAGGCUUCUCCCAAAGCCCCUAGAGGGGGUUUGUCUAAAGACAGUGGAACACAGGGCAAGGGUCCAGAGGGGGAGCAGCAGCCAAAGGCCACAGAAGCUACAGUGUGUGCCAACAACAGCAAGGUCAGCUCCACUGGGGAAAAGGUUGUCCUGUGGACAAGGGAAGCUGACCGUGUGAUCCUCACCAUGUGCCAGGAGCAAGGGGCACAGCCACAGACCUUCAGCAUCAUCUCCCAGCAGCUGGGAAAUAAGACACCUACUGAGGUCUCCCACCGUUUUCGAGAACUCAUGCAGCUCUUCCACACUGCCUGUGAAGCCAGCUCUGAGGAUGAGGAUGAUGCAACCAGUACCAGCAAUGCAGACCAGCUGUCUGACCGUGGGGACCUUCUGUCUGAAGAGGAGCUGGAUGAAUGAGACUCUGGGAAUACUUGGGUAUCAUCUGCACAGGACCAAACCCAGCAGGUGCCCUGUCAUUAGGCAGGAGGGUAGUUGUACUCUGCUUGUACAGUCCUUGCGGCCAGUUUACAGACCGGGAGAGGAGCCCAGGACGAGGACAAAGGCUGGAGGAUGGAGUAAGACCCAGGGGCUCUGCCAUCCUAGGCACCAUUCAAGGUCUUUUAUGAAGACCUUACAGAUCUCCUCUGUAAAUAGCAUCGAGUGAGAGUGGAGCUCAGCUCCUUUCUCUACUUUUUUUUGGUCUGAUGGCACAUAUUUAUUGUUCUGUGGUCUAAUCACAGUGUUUCUAAAUGUAAAAAGUGCAUAUGUUGGUGUAGCUAGUCCUGCGACAUUGAGCUCCUCUGCACGAAGACACUGGGCUCCUGCAUCCAGCUGUUUUUAUUGCACACUAGCUCCUCUCUCCCACGCUGGGAACUUUAGUCCACGAGGCUGUCACCACCCUGGUAGCACUGGGCCAGGCUUUGUAGCUCCUGCAGGAGCUCUGCUACAUCAUCGUGCUCCACUCCAGCAUCCAUGAAGCUGGCCCAGCGCCGCAAGUCGAGUUUGGUGAGGUCUCUGGCCAAGGCUUCCAGGGUCUGGUGCAGGGACGAAGAGGAACACAGUGCCCCAAACACUGGGAUGCUCUCCACUGCUGUGGAGGGAGAGGAAAGAGAGACCUGUAGAUGGAUGAUUAUUCUGCCCUGGGACUCUAUCAAACUGAUAAGGAAGUCCAACCUUAGUAGACUUGAUUGUAAACUCAACAAAUUUGGUGUACUGUCCCCCUUAGUACACCAGUACUGCAGAGGAAGUAAAAACUCUCCUAUACUUGAAAUCUCAGUUUUCUUUACCUCCUACCUACCUGCUCCCUUGGGGGAACCAUCCAGAACCAUGCCCUGUGGACUGCAGCUUGAGAAGAGGUGUGGGUAAGGAGGAGCCACCCUGCAGGGAGUCAGCAGCAGAUGGGAAGAACUGUGGGGGCAGAGAACAGACGCUAAGCACGUAAAGAAGUCACAGGAGGGUUGAGGUUGGCAAGAAGGGCGGGAGCAACCGUUACACUGACCUCAUGACUCUAGGCUGCUGCUGUUGUAAAUACUGAGCCAAGACUUCUUCCCCAGUGGUACAUGCGUGAAGGGAGGAGGGUGGAGGUGUCCCUGGGGUGAGCUGGCUGCCAGAACAAAGCCAAAACCACCAUUAGGCUGUGGCAGCAUGAAUAAGAAACUAAGAAUUCUUAUGUUUUCAGGCCAUCAGCUGGAUCCAAAAAAAAAAAUUUCUUUUUGCUUCCUUUUUAAGGGGUGGGGAGGGAACGAUAUCAUUAGAAUGUCCCCGAGAAAUUAGGGGGAAAAGGAUAUGAAAGAAAAAUCUGACAAGGGGCUCCUAAGGACCAACAGCUCUCACCUCGUGUGGCAUGCUCUGUCUAUACCCCUCAGCACCACUGACUGGGCAAAGCAGCGUGUUCCAGAAGGCUCCCCACAUGCAGACAGUGGGGUCCAUGGGGUGGCUCCUCCAAACUGCAUCAGGGAAUCAGGAAGCGACUGGCCUGGAGCCAAGGGGAAAGGAAUGGUUGCUCCUGCUGUCACCACCUAAAGAGAAGGAAGAGAACACGUUAGAGGACGUUUUCUCAGCACUGACCCAACCCCUCACAAAGCUUCAUACCUUUUUCCCACAGAAGCUCAGCAUGUCAGCCAGAUGAACCAUGGAAACUGGAGAGGAACACAGGCGAUAAGGAACAGUGACUGUGUCCAGGGCUGUAGCCAGGAUGGCACUGCAGUGGAAGGGCAGAGUGGCCUGUAAGAAGACACCAAGAGGGGCCCUUGGCCUCAGGCCUGGAAAAGAAUGUGUGGAGGCAGAAUAUUAACACCAGAAAGAUCCAGGGGACAAAGCAGGGGUAUGUCUGGCCUCUGGCUGGACAAGCAUAGGGCAUAGGACAGUGUGAGCUGAGAGGCCACAUCACAGCUGAGUUCAAGCUCGGGCCUCAGGAACAGAGCCAGUAACAGACAGCGGCUGACUGGGAGUAUGAGGAGGCCCCGUAGCCUGCUGCAGUCAGAACGAGCACCGAGACUUACAUCGUAAUGCAGGUAAGGGAAGUUGACAGGUGGCUCAGGUCGCAGACCGAGGCUCCCACCCAACGACAAGGGACAGACGAGAGAGCUGUGAGCAGCCAGGUGUACGAGACCAAAAGCUGUGUUUAAUAGACGAUAGAUGUUUCUCUGGGCCUCCUGGUGAAGAAAAAGAGUAGUUUGCAUUAAGCAACU